AUGAUGGACAAUGGUUAUACUGAUACUGAACCGGGAUUUCAAAGUUAUUCAUGUGCGAGAUGCAGAAGGUUGAAGAAACGGUGUCCGAAGCAGUCUCCCGCUUGCCAGACGUGUUUGAAAGCUGGCGAGACAUGUUUAUACCUUGGGAGGGCCCCUAGGAGAACCAGGAAGGAAUUGGAAGAGGCUAAACUACGAGGCGAGUUCCAACCGAAGAAGAAACAUCAUACCGACAAGUCAGAACCAGGUAAUAGUAGUGAGAGCAAUACUGCGAAUUCGAAUAGUUCACCUGGAUUGACCAAUGAUGUCCUAGUGGAUCCUCGUGGGAAACCGCUACUCGAAACGGAUAAUGUCGAUGGUGGUGGAACUCAAUUACAUUCACCCACCGGCUCGAGUGUACAUCUGGAUCGCGUAUCGUCUUUGGUAUCUGUUCUAGGCGCUAUGGCUGAGGGAGCACAGUUGAGUACAUCCCCAAUGGGAUUGGUUUUGAAUCAUAAAGGUGCCUCGUUUCCCCACAAAAACUACGUGGAUAUACAUAUUCAGACUCCGGAUCAAGAGAGUGAGAACGAUUUUCAGAAGCAUAAAUUACCAGCACUACGUUCAAACCAAUGGAAACCUCCUCUGGAAAAUGGAUCGACACCCGUUGAUGCCCCUUCUAUACAGGCGGAAGCUAUAACAGGUAUUUUUAAAGGCGGCAGAAUCACUCCAUGGAUAACAGAGAACGGUCAAUACAAGCCUAUUGAACGGUCAUUGUACGAUCGUUUUAUUGCUGCUUACUUCAAGCACAAUCAUAAAUCAUUUUACAUGAUGGACAAGGUUGCCUUCUUAAACAAAGUGUCGACUAUUAGAGAUUUCACGAUGAUGGACGGAGAGUUUGAAGAUCAUUUCAUUUUUCAGCUUUACAUGGCAAUGGCUAUUGGAUGUACAACGCUGCAGAGGGCCGAGAUGUUGACCGAUGAAGAAGGAGACCUGAGUGAACAUUUUGCAUUCCUGGCGAUGAAGAGGUUUCGUCCCGUGAUUCGACGUCAAAAUAUCGAGACCAUCAAAUGUUUGUUACUUUUGGGUAUCUUUGCACUUUUCGAGCCAAAAGGUGUCUCAUCGUGGACCAUCAGUGGACUGAUUAUGAGGAUAAGUAUCGGGCUAGGAUUUAAUAGGGCAUUGGCUGGAGAAAGAUUGAAGAAAUUCACUCCAGUAGAGGCUGAACUAAGAUACCGAGUCUUUUGGAGUGCUUACUGUUUUGAGAGACUGGUAUGCACCUCUCUUGGUAGAAUGUCAUCGAUAGACGACGAUGAAAUCACGGUUCCACUUCCACAGCCGCUCAAUGAUGAGGAGAAAGAAGAUUUGGAAGUCGCAAAUAUGAUGAUCUCGUUAAGAAGAAUGAGCGGUCGUAUAUACAAGAAAGUCCAUCUUGUCAGCGUUGGACGGAAAAACUAUACUAUUGAACAAAAGAAUGAAAUAAUCGAAUCGCUAAGACAGGAGAUUGACGAAAUAUACCAAAGAGAGAGUGCGUCAAUCAACGAAAAGAACGCAAACAAAUGGGGUGGCGGUAGCCUAUCGUUCCAUUGCUCAGAUAUAUGGCUUGCCAUGCGAUACGCCCAAUUGCAGAUCAUGCUCUACAGGCCCUCAGUGCUAAUACCGAAACCACCAAUGAAAUCCCUCACGAAGCUGGGCGAAUUUUGCCUGCAAGCACUAAAACACACUUACACACUGUACAAGAAAAAGCUACUGCCUCUGAACUGGAUAACACUCUUCCGAACCCUGACCAUUUGCAAUACAAUGCUAUACUGUCUUUGCCACUGGAGCAUAGAUAUAGCUGAAAGUGAAAUAGAGAUUCAACAGUGCGUUGAGAUCCUACGACAUUUUGGAGAGAAAUGGGUUUUCCCCAAGAAAUGUGCCGAAGUGUUCCAAAACAUCAGUAGCACUAUACUUGAUAUCAGUCUAAGCACAGGACAAAUUCCCAACAUGGAAAAACUAACCAGAGAAUUAUUUGGAGCCAGUGACGAGUAUCAAGAUAUAUUAGAUGAGAAUAACGUCGACGUCUCAUGGAUCGAUAAGCUAAUUUAA